UCCCUCAAUCUCUCGAAUCGCGCGCCCUCUGCAACUGCCAGACGCACCCCCGCGGAGGAGGGCAAGAAGAGGUGAGGCGCGCAGAGCAAGAAGCCAAGAAGAUGGCCGCCGUCCCCGACGGCGUCUCCUCCUGCGGCAGCAUCAACAUGCGCCGCAUGGACCACCUCCUCCCGCUCCCGCUCCCCUGCGCCGGCGAGUCGACGGCCGCCUCCCGCGUCUCGCCGGGCUCCUCCCCCGCCCGCUCCGACGCCUCCGAGGGCGCCGCCGCCUUCUAUGCCGACCCCGACCCGGAGGACCAGCCCGAGGCGUCCGCGGGGAGGAGCACGCAGAUGCUGCUCGCCAUGGCCGCCAUGGGCGGGCGCGGCGGCCCCUACGGCCGCCGCCCGGCGUCCUCCUACGGCAGCUGCGCCGCCUGGAGCGCCGGCUCCCUCACCGCGCACCGCCCGGCCUCCCCGUCGCCCAUAUGCAGCCCCGUCAGCAGCAAAGGCGGCGACGGCUGCCGGGACGGCGGAGAGCGGCGCGACGAUGGCGACACGUCCUCCUUCGUCACGUCACAGCAGGAACAAGAGCAAGGGAGGUUACCAACGAGAGAAGAUUUCGUCAAGUGUUCUGCUACGCCACGAAACAUCCGACUACAGACUCCCAGGCACCCUUCUCUGCCGGACAGGAGAGCUAACGGAUCCAGUCGAGGGCCUCCAAAAUUCGUCCACAAGGCCACGCCAGCUAGAUUGAUGCGCCGAGCUCGCUCCUCACAUAAUUACCAUGGGAAGCGCAUGGGAGCAAUUGAUGCUGUCAAUGAAUGGAGAUUGCCUAAAGUAAGUGAAGAGGCAGAUGAGGCAGUGGAUCAGAAGGACUGGCAGGAUGAUGCUAUGUCAUCUCGUGUAUCCUCAGCUCGUGAUUGGAACUUCGAGUCGGAUAGUGCCUAUGAGGGAAGCAAUCAUGAUGGUCGUGCUUUUGACCAUACAGAGGUCGAGGAUUGUGCAGCUGCAGUGCAAAGGAUGGAGAGACGGCUGCGGUGCCCUGCAAGGAAACAUGAGGAAAAUGCUGUCCACGCCAAGUUGGUUGCCUGGAAGGAUGCACAGAUUGCAAAGCUCAUAGAAAAGUUGAAUCAGAAAGAAGCCCAGAUCGAUAAAUGGCAGAAGAAUAAGAUUGCACAGGCCAGGCAUAAACUGACAAAAACUGAGAAGAAGUUGGAGAAGCAGAGAGCUGAAGCCGUAGUGAAGAUGCAAAAGGCGAUAGAAGAUGCAGAGAGGAGAGCUGAUAAGAAGAGAGUCAAGAAGCAGGCAGCCACCAACAGCCGGAUAGAUGGUGUCAAGAGAGCCCUGGAGGAGAUGUCUAGGACAGGAAGGCUGCCCUGGGCACUUGCUUUUCUGUGAUCCAGCUCUUGCUUGUGCUAGUUCCAGACAAGCCGAUUGGCAUAAGCUCAUAUACUGUAUAGAAUGAUGGUUUGCUGUCCUGGGAUGAUGGAAGAAGUUUUAGGUCAUGCAACACUUGGUCAGCAUUGGAACACAGAUUCUUAAAUGUGACAUUAGUCUCCCCAUUGGAGAAGUGAAAAAUUCCACACUGUUGGCUUGAAGAUUAUGGUA